AUGGCAGACGUCAUCAUCAUGGAUGAAGACGACGUCCCUCGGUCGUUGCCCCGACGAGUACCGCUGCCCACCAAGACCCACAUCACCCAGUCGCCUUUUGUUUCGUCCAUCAAUAAGCAGCACGUUCUGCAGGCGGAGAAUGACAAGUUGUUCUCUGAGUUUGUGGAGCACGUCGUGACUGAGACGGAGGACUGUCCUCAGGUGUUGGAAUACCUGAAGACCAACUACGCCAAAGCCCGUAGUGAUUAUCUGUCGUCAGUGGAGUUUCGUAACAGCUUGGGCCGAUGCUUGACCCGGCUGGAGGCCAACCGUUCCAGGGUUUUUGUCUACAUCUAUGAACUGUGCAUGGUGCUCAAGCAGCACAAAGACAGAAGCAAGAAGAACACAGCAAACCCAUCUACCUCCACAUCGGAUUGUCUUGCGGCUACCUCAUCAAAAAGUGAAAGCAAGACGACGAGCGUGCCAGAACAAGGAGGGAACCCAUCGACGGAAGACGAGAAGCCCUCCACGUCAGGCUUUCAGGGAAUCCAGCAAAAAGCAGAGAAAAGGGCCAGCAGGGCCUCCAGGAAGCAGAUCGCGUAUCUGGAGAACAUGCUGAAGAUCUACGACAACGAGAUCUGCCGCCUGCAGCGCACCGAACUCUCCCUGGACGACCUGGAUGCCGAGGACUCUAUGUACAUUCAGGAGCACAAACUCAAACGCAAGAUGAUGAAGAUCUACAAUAAGCUGUGCGAGCUGAAGGAGUGCAGCCCGCUGACGGGCCGAAUCCUUGAGCGCAAAAUCCUCUACAACGACGCCAAGUAUCCCGAGAUCAGCAAGAGGAUCCAGCGUUACAUCAACAAACCUGAUGUCUGCAUGAACCCGCCUGACUACCAGGACAUUCUCCAGCAAGUCCAGCUGGCCAACAAACGACACAACCUGCAUCUGAGCGGAAAGGAGCUGGAGCGCAUCGCCCGCAAGGCCUUUACCGAAACCGGCAGUCAAAUCCAGCAGAGGCGCCAUCACGACCUGCUCUACGACUUUGGCUGCCAACUCACCAGCGAAUACAAGCCCGACAACGACCCGGCGCUAAAAGACUCCACGCUGCACCGGAGGCUACGGGACAACAACGAACUGGGUCUGACCCGCCUGGAGGAUGUCAUCAACAAAUACUCAGUCCUGCAGGACAACACAGAUAAGAAGGACAGAGAGCAGAAUGGUGAAGAGGAGGAGGAGGAAGAUGAGGAGGAGGACGUGUCAUCAGAAGCAGACAUUGAAGAAGAGAUCCAAGCCAGCAGCCAGCAAGGUGGACCAGAUGAUGACGACGACGAUGACGGCAACGAGGCGGAGAAAAUGAGCAAUGGGCCGCCGACAGAAAAUGUCACUGUAGCUUCAGCGCCGGAUGACAACGAGGCCAUCUCCAGUGGGCUCCACUCCGAGGGCAGCAUGCCAGGCUUCUCGCCGCUGUCGGACGACGUGUCCGCUAGCAACAGCCCCAGGCAAUCGGAGCCCACCCAGCCCGACGACGGUGCCCUCGCUGCCGCCUCAUCAGAGGAUCCACCCCAUCUUGCCUGUCAGGCCGCCAGCAAGCACAGCAUCGGCACAGACCCCCCAGCAGCCACCAACGGGGCAUCUUUACGUCCACCGCUAGAGAUGACGUGCCACUCGCCCAUCACCAACGGCACCUCGCCGCCUCUUCCGUUCACGCCUGACCAGAGACUGAGCAGGAGCCGCAAGAGGAAAAUGCUGGACACUACGCCCAAGCGGAAUCACAUUGACGCCAACGACAGAGAGGCGGAGAUACCGCUGGACAUGGGCGUCAUCUGCGCCUCCCCGACGCAGACUAUCGAGGCCUCCGACUGCCAGCUGGUCACCAGCUCGCAGUCGCCGUCCCCCAAGAAGAUCAAAGUCAGCGUGGCCACCCAGUGCGACCCCUUGGAGAUCAUCGAACUAUCUGACUCGGAGUGACCAAGGCUGUCGACUCCAAAAUUCGUCUCUAACUACUGUGAGAACAACUUCCACUCAGGACACCAAGGGGGCGCUGGAACGCCAGUCUGUUUACAUUUUUUAUAUCUUCUUAAAUUGAGUGAGGUACUUUGGUUGAACCUCAUGUUGCAGCACAUGUUUGACACUCCCACAGCCCAUCCCUCUCUGUCUACAUAUUAUUUGAGGGCACCUUCAAUGCCGUAAGCUACAUUGAGUUCUGCGCUGAUCACGUUUAGCUUUUAGAAAGUGUCAGUGGUCCAGAGAGUGUUGGACAUUUUGAGUCCUUGCCAUGUUAUUUUCAUAUUUUGGAAAAGAUGAACUUUUUCGAAGUUCUUUUUUUUUGGGGGGGGGGGG